AUGCCUUCCGAAGCCGCAAAUAAAUGGCCCAAAGCAAUUCGCCAAAAGGCAGCCAAGAAAGCUCAGGAUGCCAGGCGAGCCAAACAUGAAGCUAUGAAGAAGAGAAUGGAACACGCACGACGGCAUAGAACUAAACCCGACCCUUGCAAUGGUUUAUCUAAGUCUUGGUUCGAAGACUUCAUGAUAGAUCUUCGCCAAAUGGACAUGUUCUCAGAGGCUUGUAAAGCUAGUUUAUUCGACGAGGUCUCCAAUCGCUCUGCUGAUUACUAUCGUCUGGCAAUUAUGCUAGCAGCUACCUUGGAGGAAGAAGCGAUAAAGUUGAAGAGAAGGUUUUCUCGCGAAAUUGAGCUUCGUAGUGAUGAUAUUGGAGACCACUAUGAUAAGGGUUGGGACUUGUGGAUUCUAUCUGCCGAGGAAAAGGAUGAAGUCAUUUGUCAAUUGGCUAUGGAGUGGGGCGCAUUGCCUAUGGCGGUGGCUGACGUUUAUCCUGAUAAGUACCUGCCAGUCUGGGAACUGCUGGUAAAGAAGGAACAAGACUGGAAUGUUGUUGUGAACUGGAUAAACAGUGCUGUUCUGGAGAGGUGCGGAAGACAGGCAUCGAAAGGAAAGUGUGUUCCCCGAGUUCUGGGAUGUGAUCAUCUCAAGGCAUUGAUUACGCAGUCGCCAGUGGAGCCUUUCAACCGGCUUAGACUCAUUACGCUUGCAACCACCAGUAAUGAAAAGGGAAAACAGCGCGGCAAAGAUGACGAUGAAUUAUCCGAUUAG